UGUUAGGUCACCUCCCAUGUGUAACGCUAAACUGCAAGUUUAGCUGCACGAUUUAACCAUUGAGUAGUAUAGCCUAUAGAAGUUAAUUGGACAUAUUCCCUGUUCUUUAGGCUUACCUCAUUUCUCUUUAUCUCGUGUUGAAUAUUCAGCCCCAGUUUGUAGCAAACGUUUAACUCUAUGCGGUAGGCUACCUCAAAGAUGUUCCGCUUUUUCAAUAUUCUGCCAGCUCCUCUGCAGAUGUGCGUGAGAUCAAUUUGCAUUCACCCCGUACCCGACGUUACUGAGGAUGAGAAAAGGGCGAAAAUUCAAAGCUCUAAUAUAGAACGAGAUUUGUUUGAACAAGCCAAGCUUGAGGUGAACGUGAUCAAACUAUUGCUACUUGGUGCUGCAGAGAGUGGUAAGAGUACCAUGGUCAAGCAGAUGAAGAUCAUCCACAGUCAUGGCUUCUCCAAGCCAGAGCUUAUUAGCUUCAAGGCUGCAGUGCUGGAUAACCUCCUGACCUCUAUGAAAUUUGUGCUGCGCGGCAUGGUACUGCUGAGGAUUAAUCUGGCCAACAAGAAGAACAAGGCCCAUGCCCGCUCUGUGCUGUCCUGUGGCCAGUGUUUCGGGGAGGACGGGGAGCUGCUGCCGUUUGUGGCCCUGUCUUUCUGUGCUCUCUGGGCCGACCAGGGUGUGAGAGCUGCAGCUGCCAGGGGCUACGAGUUCCAACUCAACGACUCCGCGCUCUAUUUCUUUGAGAACAUAAAUCGGAUCAUCUCUCCCAGAUACAUUCCCCCUGAGGCGGACGUACUGCGGGUGAGAGUGCGAACCUCCGGAAUCAUCGAGACUCGGUUUCCAGUCAAUCACAUGGUUUUCAGGAGCCGACUGGGACGUGGAUGCUGCCGCACGUCACAUCACUGCCAUGUUUGUGGCCUGCAACAGGACCCCCAACAAGCUUGUCUACCACCACUACACCACUGCCACGGACACCCACAACGUACGGGUGGUCUUCCACGUCGUCAUGGACACCGUCGUCAAGGAGAACUUGGAGAACUUCUCAUUGCUAUAAGCCCUGACCAGGGUACAUUUGACUGCAUCAGUGCCUUAGACACUUUCUAGAUUUUAUUGAUGGAU